AUGGAUGAAGGAUCGACAAUGACAAUAAUAGAUGCGAAUAUUGCUCGAUCUGUUGGGGUUGAAGGAUUAUGCAGCCCGAUAAAUAUAUCUUGCAUCAACAAUAUUCAAGAUUCGAACCCAAAUAGUCAAAAGGUUGAUAUAGGAAUCGGUGCUUUAGAUAGCUCUGUAGUAUACAGGAUAUCAAACGUUAGAACUAUUGAAAAUUUAACACUCUUUUCACAAACUCUUAAAGAAGAAGAUACGAGAAAUAUAAAACAUCUAUCUUAUUUGCCAGUAGAGUAUUAUACAGAUGCUCGACCAUCAAUACUUCUCGGUCAAGACAAUUGGAACUUAAUAACUAAUAUACAAACUCGGAGUAAUACGAUUGGACAACCCGCGGCAUCAUUGACUAAGUUAGGAUGGGUAAUUCACGGUAGAUUAUCAUCUAGAAGAAAGAAGCAAAUAAAUCAAGAAGUUUUCCACAUUCAAAAUCCAAAAGAAGAAUUCAAUAAUCAUAUAUCUGACAUAGAUUUAAACCGACUAGUAAAAUUUCAUUUCACUUUCGAGAGUAUAGGAGUAACUAACUUUAAACGGAAGAAUAAAUUAGAAGACAGAGCAGAACGAAUACUUGAAUCUACUGCAACUUAUUUGGGUGAUCGAUGGGAAGUGGGUCUUCUAUGGAAAUAUGAUGAUAUAAGACUACCAAAUAAUCGAGAAAAUGCCGCUACUCGUUUGAAAUCAUUAGAGCGAAAGAUGGAUAGAGAUGCUGAAUAUGCUGAAAGGUAUUGUGCACAAGUUGAUCAUCUAGUGACAUCGGGAUACGCCAUUAUAUCCAAAGCUGAAAAUGACGCAAAGAUUCCUUCUUGGUAUUUACCUCAUUUUGGAGUUGUAAAUUUAAAGAAAUCUAAGAAAAUUCGAUUAGUUUUUGACUGCGCAGCAAAAACUCUAGGGAUAUGUUUAAAUGAUAACCUUUUAGUUGGUCCUGACUUAACAAAUACUCUAUUUGGUGUUUUGAUUCGAUUCAGACGAGGAAAGAUUGCCAUCAAAGGUGAUAUCCGAGAAAUGUUUUUACAAGUGAAAAUUAGAAAGGAAGAUCAACAUGUUCAAAAAUUUCUCUGGCGUGGAAUGGACCGUAGCAAAGAACCAGAUACUUAUAUAAUGACUUCAAUGUUAUUUGGAAGUGCAUCAUCUUCAUAUACUGCUCAAUAUAUAAUGAAAAGAAACGCAAUUCAAUACCAAUCCGUGUGUCCAGUUGCCGUCAACGCUAUCUUGGAUAAUCACUACGUCGACGAUUAUCUUGACAGUUUCGAUACGUUACAAGAUGCUGAAGAAUGUAUAAAUGACGUGGCGAGUAUUCAAAAUGAAGCUGGGUUUGAAAUUAGAAAUUGGGUUAGUAACGAACAAUUGUUGAUCAAAUAUUUAAACAAGACCAAAGGCAAUGAAGAAAACGUGGACCUAUUAACGAAUGAGGGAAUAACAGAAAAAACUCUUGGUUUAGAAUGGAACACUAAAAAAGAUUUACUCACCUUUGGAUUCGAUUCAAAAAAUAUUCCAACGGAGAUACUUGAAGGACAGAGAAAACCGACUAAACGAGAAAUGUUACGCAUCAUUAUGUCAAUCUUCGACCCCUUGGGAAUAAUUCUUCCCUUCAUCAUACGAAGUAAAAUAUUGUUUCAAGAUAUAUGGAGAAGUGGAAUUAAUUGGGAUGAACAACUAAAGGAUUCGGAUUUUAUUAAUUGGAGAGGAUGGAUUAUCAAUUUGAAUCAAAUGGGAAACUAUGAAAUUCCUCGAUCAUUUACAAAGAAUCAUGGGCCCUCGAUCAAUACUGAACUCCACAUAUUCACAGAUGCUAGUGACAAAGCAUAUUCCUCAGUAGCAUAUUUACGUACAGAACAUACUUGCGGAAAAGGUAAAAUCCAUCUCAUUUCCUUCAUAGCAGGAAAAGCAAGAGUCGCUCCAUUAAAACCAGUGUCGAUUCCUAGAAUGGAACUCCAAGGAGCAUUACUGGGAAGUAGAUUAGGAGAUAGUAUAUUAAAGGAAAUAAAAAUGAGAAUAAAUAAAAGAAUAUUUUGGUCAGAUUCUCGCACGGUAUUAGCUUGGAUUCACGCUGAUCCAAGAAAAUACCAGUCAUUUGUGGCACAUCGUUUAGGAGAAAUUGACGAACUAACUAAUCCCGAAGAAUGGAGAUGGAUACCCACUAAAGAAAACCCAGCCGACUGCGCUACGAGAGAUAAAACGAAUAUAAUUACAAUCAUGAACAAAUGGUUACACGGACCCAAUUUCCUUUCUUUAGAAGAAAAUGAAUGGCCGAAACAAUUAGAAAGAAAUCACAAUGCUGAACCAACGAUUGAAAUCAAAAAGGAAUUUUUAGGAAUGAUAAAGAAAACAAAUGAAUUCGAGACUCCAAACAUACUACGAUUUAGUAAAUGGUUACGAUUGAUUCGUGUGAUGGGACUCAUAUUGAAAACAGCUCAGAUUUGGCAACGAAAGAAAACAAGAGAAUUAACCUAUGAAGACUUAAAAAGUGGAGAGAUUUAUCUAAUAAAAAAGGCUCAACAAGAAUGUUUCCCCCAAGAAAUACAAGCUCUAAAAAACAAACGACCUAUACCUACAAACUCUCGAUUAAAAAACCAAACCCUAUUCAUAUCUGAACAUGGAGUAAUAAAGAUACAAGGAAGGAUAAAUCUUGCCGAAGAAACUAUAGAAUCUAAAAAGAAUCCUAUAGUAUUGGAUGGGAAACAUCAUCUCACACAUUUAUUAAUUCAACACUAUCACGAACGAUUUCAACAUGGAAACACCGAAACAGUAGUAAACGAACUCAAACAAAGUUAUUGGAUUCUCAAAAUACGUCCUACUACUAAAUCAAUCAUCUCGAAAUGUUCCAUGUGUCGACUCCUCUGGAAAAAGGCGGAACAACCGAGAAUGGGGGAUCUACCAGCCGCAAGAUUGGCGCAUCAUUGCCGCCCGUUUUCUUACUGCGGAAUUGAUUAUUUCGGUCCUUUACUAGUAACUAUUGGACGUAGACGAGAAAAACGUUGGGGAGCCUUGUUUACAUGCCUGACAACAAGAGCUGUCCACCUCGAACUAACAUCAUCUCUAUCAACAGAUUCGGCUAUUAUGGCGCUGCAAAGAAUGAGCAACCGCCGUGGAACCCCACUAGAAAUCUUCUCCGAUAACGGGACAAAUUUCGUCGGAGCAAAUACGGAAUUAAAAAAAGCGAUUAAGGAAAUUGAUUUAACAAAAUUCAACGAGAUGGUGACAAAUAUGGGAAUACAAUGGAAAUUCAUACCUCCUUUAACACCACAUAUGGGUGGAAGUUGGGAAAGAUUGGUGAGGAGCGUGAAGAAAUCUUUAGCAGUGAUACUUAAGGAAAGGGCACCAAAGGAAGAAAUUCUAAGAACAGUAUUGACGGAAGCCGAACAUACAGUCAAUAGUAGACCAUUAACGAAAGUAUCAACUGAUCCACAUGAUCCGGAAGCAAUCACUCCUAAUCAUUGGCUUUUAGGAUCAUCUUCUGGAACAAUACCUUGGGGAGAAUUCAGAUCGGAGGAUCUCUGGUGCAAAAAACAGUGGAGAACAGCACAAAAAUUGGCCGACAUGUUUUGGGGAAGAUGGUUGAAAGAAUAUCUCCCGGAGUUAAUUGUGAGAAAGUGUUGGAAUCAUGAUGUAAGAAAUCUAGCUGUAGGAGACGUUGUAUUAAUCGUGGAUUCAACAACACCUAGAAACAACUGGCCAAGAGGCAAAAUAACAAAAACCUAUCCAGGCAAAGACAAUCGUGUGCGGGUUGUGGAUGUUUUAUGUCGAGGAAAAAAUAUGAAACGAGCUGCCAACAAAAUCGUGGUGUUGGUCCCAUCAGAUUUGGGUACGGAGGGACUAACCCCCCGUACCGUUGGGGAGAAUGUUGGCGACGAGAACACUAUACCUUGUGAAAAUCCAUCAAUGGAAGGGGACAAGGAAAAGGAGGAAGAAGGGGAAGCGAGGCUGGAGAAAAGUGUCGAAAAAGGCCUACAGGUCAGUGACCCUUGA